AUGGUAGGGGUAAAUAAAGAGGAAUUGCAAAAGACUAUUAAUCUGUUGAUUGAUCAUAAAAUAGCUGCUGAAUUGAAAGGAGUUCAGGAAGAGAACGCCAGACUACGGGAGGAGCUCGAUGACAAUCGAAGGGCAUUUGAGGAAGACUCCAAAUCUCGACGACUUUACUACUUGACCGAGUCGAAGCAAACUGAUGUGGUCACUGGUCAGCUCACGAGUACGAUGUGGAGGAUCCUCACUGGAGCUAUGAUCAUGUUCAUGCAGGCCGGGUUUGCAAUGCUGGAGGCCGGCUCCGUACGCGUCUACAAUGUCCAGGCCAUCCUCAUGAAGAAUCUACUAGAUCUAUGCAUAAGUCCAAUCGUAUGGUGGAUCAUGGGGUGGGGUCUUGCGUUUGGCUACGUCGUCGAUCCUCUUACUGGAGAGCUCACUAGUGGCACUGAAUUCAGCGGUGGCAGUGGUUAUGCUGGUACGGGGCUUACCGAGUACUGCAUCGAAUUUGACGCUAUCACUGGUGACUGUAUGGAUGAGGCUCCUGCUCCUCUCGGGAAACCCAAGUUCAACCCCGACGAGUUCUUCUUUUUCUGGACAUUUUCCGCGGCUGCGUCUACUAUUGUUAGUGGGGGAGUUGCUGAAAGGGUUCGCUGUUCAUCGUACUUUCUGUUCUCAUCGGUUAUGUCUGGUUUUAUCUACCCCGUGCUCGUAGCCUGGCUCUGGAGCGGUCACGGUUGGCUCAGUAAACCCACAGAUGGUUUAGAUGCAACUUAUUACGAUUUUGCCGGUUCUGGAGUCGUUCAUGUUACGGGAGGAAUCGCCGCUUUGGUCGGCGCGAAAAUUCUGGGCCCGAGAAAAGGGCGAUUCGAUGAGAUGGUGGAUCAAACAGAAUUCAUCCCACAUUCGAUACCGCUGAUCGUUCUGGGUACGAUGAUUUUAUGGUUCGGUUGGAUCGGCUUUAACGCUGGGUCUACCAGCAGUAUGGUGUCCACAGUCGACGCUGAUAAGGCUGCUCGCUCUGCUAUGAACACAGUUCUUUCGGGGGCCUCAGGUGGAUUCACCCUAUUCGUGAUCCGUCUCGUUUUCUUCAACAUGUAUGACGUCGCCGGUGUAUGCAACGGUUGUCUUGCUGGUUUGGUUUCCAUCACGGCUGGGUCGGCUAACGUAUCAUCAUUCAGCGCGUUAAUCAUCGGCAUCAUAGGAGGGUGUCUUUACCAAACUGCUUCCCGAGUCGUUGCAUCACGACACAUCGACGAUCCCAUUGACGCGUUUGCUGUGCAUGGUAUGAGUGGAAUUUGGGGAACUAUAGCGUGCGUGCUGUUUGAUAACGGCAGUGGCUUCAGUGUUUUUGGACCAGCAGGAAUCACUCGUAUCGGGCCGAACAACUACGAGGCUUCGGUAAACGUCGGGACGCAACUAGGGGUGAAUCUUUUAGGAUUGUUGAUGAUAAUAUUAUGGUCAGCAUCUUGGAGCGCUGCUGUAUUCCUCGUAUUUAGGAAGUUUGACCUUUUACACGCCACUGAGGAGAAUGAAGUUUUCGCGCCCGACGAUUAUAUGCAAUUCUCAUCGAGGAGGAAACCGGGGGCAGUUCAUCCGGAUGAUGACGACUCUGAUUAUUCGGAAAGGAAAUCGAACAAGUCGCAUUUAUCGAACAACUCCAACAGGAAUAACAACAGUCGGGCGCUGAAGAGAUCGUUGGACGGUUCGAGAGAUGAGGUUGAGGAAGAUGAAGAUUAG